CAUUUUACCCAGAGUACACCGGGAAACAGACAGGGGAACAUGGCGCAUGGUCGAUGAGGAGGACGCUGAACAUUUAGGAUUAUAUUACGUGGAUAUUUUUGAGAUCAUGCUGAAAUCCUAAAAUGAGAGUGUGAAAUGGUCUCACUUCCGAAGUCUUGGAUAUCUAUCACUGCCCCUUUGAUGAAUAAGAGGAAAACGCGUCUCAGGAAUACCUGCAAUUGUAUUCAUAAACAUUUCUUUAGGACUUACAACCCCUGAGCGUUGUUUUGGAUUCACAAACGUCACAUUUCAUUUGAUUAUUACAUAGGAAGAUGGCUGAGAGAAAUAAAAGGAACAUAGAGGUCCUACAAGGAGUUGGCAGACUUCGAGUGGAGCAUAAGAAGGUGGUGAAAGGCUGUGAAGUUCAGAUCCAGCACUGGGAGAAGGUAAAAGGUGACUAUGAAGCCCUUGAGGAUCAACUCAAAACUCUUCCAGAUGAGGUGUCCUAUGACAUCAUGGUGCCAUUUGGCCCUUUGGCAUUCAUGCCUGGGAAGCUGGUCCAUACCAAUGAGAUCACUGUGCUACUGGGAGACAACUGGUUUGCCAAGUGCUCUGCCAAGCAGGCCCAGAAACUCUUGGAGCACAGGAAGAAAUAUGUAACGAGUGCGCUGGAUGACUUGCACAAGACGACAAAGAACUUUGAAGCCAGAGUUGGGUUCACAGAGGAUCUAGAAAAGCUCUCAGGCGCUAAAGGGGACUAUGUGGACAUCAGAGAAGAGGUUAGAAGUAUUGAAGAAUUUGUGAGCAAAGGAAAGCAGCGUGUGGCCCUUAAGCCCCACUCUAAGCCCAAAAUGGAGGCUAUUGUGAAGAUGGAGGAGGAGGGUGGAGAGGGAGAGGGAGAGGGAGAUGGAGAUGGAGGGAGUAGGAGAGGAGUGCUGUCUGAGGAGGAGCUGUGGGCCAGACUGGAUGAGCUGGAAGCAAAGGAGAAGCUUGAGGAGGAGCAUGACCGACACUUUGGAAGUGCAGACACCAACGGCAAUGAGGACACAACAUCCUCUUCCUCUGAGGAAGAGAAGGAGGGAGAUGGUGGCGGCCAUCAUCGCGUCAACGGACAUGACGAGAGGAGUGAAGGCAAGAUGACUGUGCCUCACAACAGUGGCCAAGUUAACGGUACAACCAGGGACAGGGAGGAGGAGGAAGACAAGGGUGAGGAGGAGGAAGGCAACGGUUUGCCUACCAUCUAUUUCUCUCAUACGGUGGAACCCAAGAAGGUGAGGAUAAACACAGGGAAGAACACCAUGUUGAAGUUCAGUGAGCUGAAAGAACAGAAGCAGCAAGCCAAGAGGAAAAAGAAGAACGGCACCAGCAACGGUCACUCUCACCACGGGCUCCACAACAUCACCACGCCCACAGACAUCUACAAGUUGUUUGUGGAUGUGAAGAAUGGCGAGCCCAUCCCCAGGAAGUCCAUCCUAAAGUCCCGGAGCAGAGAGAACAGCGGGUGUAGCGACACCAGCGAGAGCAGCGCUGCCGACUUCGAAGAGCGCAGGACGUUCGGACGCUCCCUGAGCCACGACGAGAACACGUGCAGUGACACCAGCGAUGGCAUCACCGAGGAGGACAGCCCCACCGGGAACCCUCUACACCCCAUCAGACGCUUCGAGGCCUUUUCAUGCACAGUGGUGGAGAAGGAGCCUAUUCCCUCGUCGAUCCCCCACCUAACCAUCGCCCCUCCAGCUCUGCCCACUAUCCCAGAGCGGAAGCUGGAGGAGGUAGCUCCCGAAGCACCCCGGGAGGCCCCUAAGCGGGUGUCCAAGUUCAAAGCUGCCCGGCUGCAGCAGAAGUGACCCUGCAAAGCCAUUCUCCAGGAUCCACACUACUGGCUCCUUUUUAACAUAGAUUUUCUACUCCAGCACUUUGAGCUGGACAGACUGUGAAGCCUCCCUAAUAUCUGCCAUGUCUCUUCUUUUUUUUGUCAUCACUCUUCAAGCCUCUCUUCUUCUCUUUCAUAAAGCUCUUCCUGUUAGUACACAGGGUAUCUAUUACAGUAUGACUAUUCUAUAAGAGGCAGUACUCUGUAAGAGAAGCAUAGCAUUGCUUAGAACGCAGCCCAAUGCCCUUACCUUUACCCAUUUACCUGCCUUGUAAGGAACAUCAAGCUUUUGUUGCUAAGUAAGCACUUCAUUGCAAUAUGUAUUUAAGUCAAGAGGUUGUUUAUUUAGAGCCCUCAUCCUCCAACAUUAUGGCACUACACUAGUCCACAGUGCCUAUGUGCUCAUUUUAUGGUGGUUGCUUUCGUGUCAGUGUCUUGACAAGGCUAGGGGUUUACCACUCUAUUUGUUUGAUCCAUCAUUUUGCCUGCUAUGCUAAAAACGACAUGUUCUGCGUCAUUUCUUUUUUUCCUUUUUUCUUUUCUAUUAUUAUUCUACACAGUGUCAUAUGCUGACUGCCCUUUAUUGUCCCCAAUCCCCUUGUACCUGCCUAAUGCCCACCUCUGUGACCAGCUUUAUGUCAGAAUAAAUAUUGUUGUAAACUGGAAGGAAAAUAAAAGAUUUUUGGGGAGAAGUCACGUGUUACUCCCAUUUGGGUA